AUGCAGGAACGCCUUGCAGAAGAGAAGGCAGCUGAAGAGCUACGCCGGCGAGAAGCGUCCAAAGAGGCCAAGGCUGCGCGGGCGGAGGCUUCGGAUGGCAUGGCUUACGCUGCGAAAGCCCGCAAAGUUGCGGAGCAGAAAGAGCAAGCUGAGCGCCGCCGCGUCGAGAAGGAGGCUUUGGCAAAAGAGCGCGAGGAGGAAAAGAAGAAAGAGGAAGCCAAGUUGGAGGAAGAUCGCGUGGCCGACCGCAUUGCGGAGGAGGAGCGAAAACGCAAGGAGGAGGAAGCCGCCAAAGAAGCCGAGCGGCUACGCAGAGUUGCUGCCCGUCGUGCUGAGGAGGAGCGCCAGCGCCAGAUGGCGGAGGCCAGCAAGGCCAAAGCCAAGGCCAAGGCGGCAAGCGCACCAGAAGAGGAUUCAGAUGCCGAAUCAUCUGGAUCUGACCUGCCGCUGGGUUUCAACAGCCUGGUGCCCGGUGUCACAUGA